CACAACGUGAAGCGCGAGAAUUGGAUUCUUCACACAUUGAUCUCAUCGAUCGAGAAGUUGUCGAUCACUACAACGGGUUCACCGCUUCUCAUGCGAUGCAAACACUUCCUGUGCGUCACUUUCGUCAUCCCUAAGGAAAGGGAUGCCCACGACAUCUACCUCUCCAUCUAUCAGCUCUCGCAACCCACCAAUAUCGAGGACUUGUAUUGCUUUAACUAUACGGCCAGUAAUGAGCACUUCGAGAAAGAGGACGGUUGGCAACAAUACACAUACGAAUCGGAGUUUCAGCGCAUGGGUUGUCCUAAUCAGCACUGGAAUCAAACCACUAUUAACACCAAUUAUGAGAUUUGUGACACAUAUCCGCGAACCCUAUACUGCCCGUCCAGUGCCACCAAACAGAUACUGUUAGGCAGCGCUAACUUUAGGUCUAAAGGCCGGCUCCCAGUCCUUACAUAUCUCCAUAAGAAUAACGCUGCGAUCUGUCGGUGCGCUCAACCCUUAUCUGGAUUUAGCGCCCGUUGUGUUGAAGACGAACAACUGUUUGGUUGUAUUUUAAAAGCAAAUCCCAAAUCCAAUGUGUUAUACGUUGUGGACACGAGACCAAUGAUCAAUGCAAUGGUAAACAAAGCGCAGGGAAAGGGCUAUGAGAACGAGUACUUCUACGAGAAGACAAAAUUUCAUUUCUUUGGUAUUGAGAACAUACAUGUGAUGAGAGGUAGUCUUCAGAAACUGAUGGACGCUUGCGAGUUGAAAGUGCCGUCGAUGAACGCUUUCCUGUCCGGCAUAGAGGGCAGCGGUUGGUUACGACACGUCAAGUCAGUGCUCGAGACUUCAGCUUUCAUUGCCAAAGCAGUCAACGAUGGCAUUAGUGUUGUUGUCCACUGUUCCGACGGCUGGGAUCGCACCGCACAGACAUGUGGAGUCGCUUCACUAAUACUGGAGCCCUAUUACCGAACUUUGGACGGUUUUCAGGCACUCAUUGAGAAGGAGUGGCUGUCAUUUGGCCAUAAGUUUAGCGAUCGUUGCGGUCAUAUCCAGGGGGACAGUAAGGAAAUGGCACCCGUGUUCACACAGUUUCUGGACGCCACCUGGCAAUUGACGCAACAGUUGCCACAGCACUGGGAGUUUAAUGAACGCUACCUAUUGGCCAUCCACGACCACGUUCACAGCUGUCAAUUCGGCACUUUUAUCUCCAAUUCUGACAAAGAACGCCGCGAUCUCAGGCAUGCAUUCACUGCACAACUUAUAUACUUGGUUGAGAGAACUUACAGUUUAUGGGCGUAUAUCAAUAGCCAUAGGGCCGAGUUCCUGAACCCCCUCUACGUCAAAGAGAGCACACAAGACAUACUCGACGUUAAUGUUUCUCCGCAAACAAUCAAGUUCUGGAGAGGACUGUACAACCGGUUUGAAUUUGGUGUCCAUCCACGCCAUUCAUUGAGCGAAGUUUUAGUGGCCGCACAGAACCACAUCUCUAGUCUUGAAAAUCAUAUCCAAUAUCUCGAAGACCAAAUAACUCGAUUGUCGAGCGACACGAGUGACUCUCAGAGCUCUUGUGGC